GUUUGCCGCUGAGUGGGCCGCAGCACCGCGGCUCUAUUAUAUAACUUUAAUGUACUCACUGCUUUUUCUCGGCGCAGAGGGCUGAGCAUUGCACUGCACAUUUGGUCGAUUCUUUAUGGAUUAACUCUGAAGAUCCGGAGCGACAGACUUUUAUUUCUCUUUCUCCUCUCUGCGUCCCCCUGCUGCUGACGAGGUGCAUUAAAAGUUGCAGACGGAUCCGAGAAUCGGCGCACAGCGACGGUGUUGGGUCUUGAGAAAGAAAUAUCGCGGAGAAUGUUUUCCUGUCACUCGGACAGAGACGUCGCUACUCGCUCUUCUGCUAUUUCAGCAGGAAACAUCAGCGCAGUAAGAAGUUGGGCUUAUUCCACAGCUUGAUCCGGUGGACACUGCGUUAUUUCUCAUAUGUGUUUAUUUCUGAAACAACUUGUUCUGACAGGAGAUGACCUAAUCGAGGGAGUUUUCUCUCACUUAAGAAUGACAAGAUGGAUCAGGGUGGACCAAAGCACAACGGUAAUCGGAACGACAAACUUACAUUUGCAGGGAUCAGACCUGAAGUAGGCAGAGAUUCAGUCAGCACAUCUGGUUUACUGCUUCAACCCACAAUGCAUCUGCCCAGUCCCGGGUCUGUGAAACAGAGCAAAGUGGCACCGAAUGGACAAGGGGGAACCAAAGACCAGGGGGAACUUGGAGGCUGCCUUGAGUCAAAUAAGGAGGAUAAAAUGAGCAGAAUGCACAAACAAGAACAGAAUAUAUUCAACUAUGGGGACAGUUUGCCUUUGUUGAACCAGAAUACUUCUGAUCUCGACCAGACGUCCACUUCUAUCAUUAACACGUCAGAAAACUCAGUCCUGGGGAAACUCCCUUUGCCUGACCUGUUCCCUCAGCAAAUUAAGCAGGAAGGGAUUUUCUCUCUGGACAAGGAAUUAGAAACUUAUGGUGGACAAGCAGGUGUUGGUUCUUGCAGUCUGGAUGGGAGCACUGCUCAGCUAAUUGAUGAUGCAGAUAUCUGGCAAGACCUGGACCUUCCGAACUCCCUGCCAGAAAUCAGUGCUUUUGAGUUGGAUUCAGAGGUGGCACAUUUGGAUACCAUCCUCCAGGAGAGCGUCAGCGUUGGUGAAAAGUCCCUGUUAGGUAAUGGGGCUCACAGUAUUGGUUUGAAUGGCACAGAGCAGCAGCAGCUGGUAAAGCAACAUAAGCUUCAACAGCAGCAGCCACCCGGAAUGCUUUCCAGUGUUGUCAUCAAGGAGGAGAAGGAUCCCGACUUCAUCCACAUCCGUACCCCUGGUGUGGUCAAACAGGAGAAGCAGGACGGUGCUAGUUCCUGCCAGUCCCAAUGUCUGCAGAGUGGUAUGAGCCCUCUGCAUGGGGUGGGAACCAUAUCGUCUGCCAUGGGUCUUGCCACGGGAACUGGGUACCACUAUAGAGGCAAUCCUGGGACAGCAGGCUUGCAAGACCAGAAGCCUUUUGGCACAUACUCAAACUUGCCAGGAGUCAUGGAGAGCUGGAUAAGCGGAAAGAGGUAUGGAGAAGCCUCUGGGAUUCAGAGCACCAGUGAUGGUCUUCAGUCUGCUGCAGCUUUGGGGAAUUUUUCUGUCGGCUUCACAAGCUCAUCAGCCAGAACAGGAGAGAACAGCAGCACUGCCGUGACAGGCCAGUCCAAGCCCGGUGGCCAAGCCCAUAAGAUCUGUCUGGUGUGCUCGGAUGAGGCAUCAGGAUGCCAUUACGGGGUGGUGACCUGUGGCAGCUGCAAAGUGUUCUUCAAAAGGGCUGUUGAAGGAUGGAGAGCACGGCAAAACACAGAUGGUCAGCACAACUAUCUGUGCGCGGGAAGAAAUGACUGCAUCAUUGAUAAGAUCCGCAGGAAGAACUGUCCAGCAUGUCGCUUCAGGAAAUGUCUCCAGGCUGGAAUGAACCUGGAAGCGAGGAAAAACAAGAAGCUUAACAAGAUUAAAGUGCAAACUCCAUCCAGGCCCUCAGAACCUGCCAGCAGCCUGCCCAUGCCCAUCGUACCCAGAAGCAUGCCACAGCUCGUGCCCACCAUGCUGUCCGUCCUGAAGGCCAUCGAGCCCGAGAUCAUCUACUCAGGCUACGACAGCACGCUGCCGGACAGCUCAUCUCGUCUCAUGAGCACCCUCAACAGACUGGGAGGCCAGCAGGUCAUCUCUGCCGUCAAAUGGGCCAAGUCGCUGCCAGGCUUCCGUAACCUGCACCUCGAUGAUCAGAUGACGUUGCUGCAGUGCUCCUGGCUUUUCCUCAUGUCCUUCAGCCUCGGCUGGAGGUCCUUUGAGCAAUGUAACGGCAAAAUGCUCUGUUUUGCUCCAGAUCUCGUCAUAAAUGAAGAGCGCAUGAAGCUGCCUUUAAUGGGUGAGCAGUGUGAGCAGAUGCUGAAGAUUUGCAAUGAGUUUGUCCGACUGCAGGUGUCCUAUGAUGAGUACCUCUGCAUGAAGGUCCUGUUACUGCUGAGUACAGUUCCAAAAGAAGGCCUAAAGAGCCAGGCGGUUUUUGAUGAGAUCAGGAUGACUUACAUCAAGGAGCUAGGGAAAGCCAUUGUGAAGAGAGAGGAGAACACGAGUCAGAACUGGCAGCGAUUCUACCAGCUAACUAAGCUACUGGACUCCAUGCAGGAGAUGGUGGAGGGUCUCCUGCAGGUCUGUUUCUACACCUUUGUGAAUAAGACUCUCAGCGUGGAAUUCCCAGAGAUGCUGACGGAGAUCAUCACCAACCAGAUACCAAAAUUCAAAGACGGGAGCGUCAAGCCUUUGCUGUUUCAUCAGAAGUGACGGCCUUAAACUGUGAAUCGAUGCCUUAACUGCCUCACUGCUUCAGGCUCUCUUGCACCAGUUCUGCUUUCCCCUAUAAGUCUGGUUCAGAUUUUGGUUUUGGUUUUGCCACCCUGGUCUGGUCAGCCUGAAAUCAGAAAUUACCUAUAGCCUCAAACCUGCUACCACUGACUGUAGCUCAGUCUCUUGGCACACCAAGAACAAUAAGAAUGUUUCUUUAGAACGUCUGUGUUUUUUUUCUCAAUCCUCACCUCCAGACCUCAGACAUUUAAUGUUUCUAAAGAUGUCCUAUGGCCUCUUACUCUCUCCUGCCUGCAUUACUAAAACCGUUUCGUCACACCGAUGCUCGCCAGCCUGAUCUGCCUGCCUGGUGUCAGUCCGCUCGCCUGCUGUGCUUCUCUGCUCUGUGAGUGUUGGUCACGGUCUGGAGACGAAGGGGACACAUUGCAAAAUAAUCUAACUUUUCUUCUGGACUCAAGGACAAAAAAAAAAGAUAUGACCAAUGGAAGAAUAGAAAAACAAAGCAGCUUGUGGAUCCUUCUUCAUGUGUUUUUAUGCAGGUACACAUCGCUGAUCACGCAUUCAGAGCUCACACCAGGCAUCAGGGUCAGUUCAACCUGACACAUGUUUACACAGGAUGUAUCUGAGGGAAAACUAGUGCCUUUUAGUUUUUAUGCUAAUUAUAGCCAUCGCUUGCAUAUGCAUCUCUUUUUUUACCUUCAUGUUUUGGCUGGCUUUAGUUUGCUCAACUUCUGAUUUCUCUUUGAAUUGGACAUUUCUGGUAUUUUGAAAGUCAAUAAAGUCAUGUCAUUUAAAGGUGGUGAUAGCGUCUUGAAAUCACCAAUCAAGCUUUUUCCAGGCUGUAGCAGCUUCCAGUUUUCUUUGAGGUCUUACGUCCCCAUUCCAUUUUGGAGUAAUUAAUAUUUGGGUGCUAAGGACGAUAACGCAUUAGGUGUUGUGCUGCAGGUUCUUUAAUACAGCAGGUAAACUUGAAUCCUAUAGAACCUGCAAGGAUCUACAAUAUUAAAGUAUAAUGGAACAAGUAUCAGAUUUUUAUUAAGCACAAGAAUAUGCAUGAAGUACAUGCAGUUUUUAUGUAGUAAUACAAUCUGAACUGUUUAUUUUUUUCAUAAAUCUUUGAUUGGUGGAUUUCUAAUAGAAAUGUAACAGAAAAUAUAUUUGGGCUACUUUUCCCCUCAUGCUCUGAUUUUAUAAAAUGUUAUUGAAAAAAGUUGAAAAAACAGUGAAUGGUGCGUCUAAAUAUACACUUUAUACAUAAAACCUGCCUUUUAAUUAAUUGUAGAAUCCAUCCAUUUGAAACGUAAGAAGCUGCAGUCUAGUCCACAUGAUUAGUUUAUUCUUGCUCAGGCGAUGUCUCAUUACAUCAGAUAUUUUUGUCCUAUUUGUGCCAAAUAUUACGAGUUUUUUUUUUUAAUCAGUUUUCUUUUAAUAUCCUGCAGAUGUGAAGGGUCAUGUGUACAGUGGUGGUUUGUAACUUUGCUUCAGGGUGCUCGAUCUACAGUGUCACAGAUAACACCAGCUAAUUAGGAUCAAUUGUUUAAAAGAUGAUUAUUUUUUUCAGAUUCAGAUGUUGCUGCGGUCGUUUAUGUGGAUAAAGCAUUCGUACCAGCUUUGUGGCCAAAUCUACUGUUCAUGUUUGCAACUGCUUCUGCUGAGUCUAAACACAACACUGUUCACCUUCCUGCUCUAUUGCCCUUUGUUUUUCUAACUAAGAUGUUGGCUUUCAGGGUUUCUAUAGAGUUUUGACAAGCAUGAAAGAAGUAUGCGUAAAGAAAUGUUUUCAUUUUUAUGGCUGUCCUGUUCCUUAACGUUGUUGUUCCUUCUGUUCCUUUCCUUUUGUCCUAUUUCUCUUCUUUGUAUUCCUCCUCCUGUUGUUGGCUUUUGUAUAGUUGAAAUAUCAGUCCUAAAUUCAUACAAAACAUUAAUAAUUAUUCACUUAAAGUGAAAGAACUGGGAAUGCUGCAAAACUGAGUCUGGAAAAGUGGAGUUUAUACAUGAACCUGUGUAGAAACAUCAUAUGGAUUUUCAGCUCUUUACUUAGAUGCACAAACAAUUAGCAGUACUCUUCUAUUAAGAGCCAUAUGUUCUUUUCUUUGAAGCCAAUCCUACUGGGUCACUGUUUAGUUCACAGGCUUUUCGGCUGUAGCUCACCCAGAAUCUGCUUUUAUCCCAGCGUGUUGAUCAAUCAGGAUUUUAACUGAAUCCUCUUGUUUCAGGUGGAUUUACAGUUAUUACGAAUGUUCAGUAUUACAUUCGUAUUCAGGUAGUGGCAAGUCUGGAGACGAGCUUUAUGCCCCCUCCCCGCCCCCUUGUCCCCACGGCUUGUUUUUAGGGUUAGAUGUAUAUAAAUAACGGUGACAUAUCCAUUGCAAUGCAAACAAGUGUCUGUUAUUACAAAAAACAUAUUUUUACAUGUUUGUCAGCACUCACGACUUUCUUAUACAUUUCAGUUUGACUAAAAGCCUUGCAAAAGGGAGACAGAGAGCCAUAGAAAUACAAUUUCAAAUCAGGAAAUAGACAAAUAUCAGUGCUUUUGGAGGUUGAUCUAUUGUAAAAAUAUAUAUAUAUAUAUUUUGUGUGAUUUUUAAAUACAUUAUCCUGAUCCUCUUUGAUAUGACUAAUUUUAAUUAAUCAUUUUUGUACAUUAAAUAAGUCAAAAAAGUAAUUUUUUCCCCGUUUGUGUUUGAUAAAGAUCAUUAGAAGUGAUGAAUACAUUAAGAAGUGUUUGUCUUGUGAAGUAAAUGUCAAUUCUACAAGUGUGUGCACAAAUCUACAAGAAUGCUCACUGUGUUUUUUUUUUUUUUAAUGAAACUAUAUAAGGAAGAGGUGAGCUAGCGGGCUCUUGGGGCAACCGACUAGAGGACAUUUAUUUUUGAAUUUUUGUUUUGCGCUAAACAACAGUGACCAAAGCAGAGGAGUAACUGAAAACAAACUGAUGUAAUCAAGCAGUUACAAUUUGUGUAGCACCUAUGAGCUUACUUCUUAGCACUUUGGGUUUUAUUUCAAAUGUGUCUUUUUUUUGUUUGUUUUUUUCUAAAAGGUCUUGGCUUUGGAUCUCCUGUAUAUUGCUGUAAAGAUCUACUGGUCAUUUAAAAAAAAAAAAUACAAGGAAAAACAAUAUCUCCAUGUGAAAAUAAGUUUUCCAGAGCCUGACAAAAUUGCACUACCCUCACAUGGGUUGUCACAGUCUACUUUGUAUAAAAUACAUGCAAUUAUCUUUAAACAUUAAGGGCAGAUCAUGUUUCACUGGUAUACAGAGCUAUGGCUUUCACUGAAGUCUGUUUUUGUUCAUAUGUCAGUUAUGUAGAUGUAAUGUAAUGUAAAGACAAAUAUAGAUAUAAAGAAGUUUAAAAAUGGUUUAUAUUCACACUUCUGUAUUCAGUGUCAAUAUUUUCCCCUAUUUGAUUACAUGUUAAAUUAGGUUUUUGUGUUUUUUGUUUGUUUUUUUUUCUUCUUUUUUUUUGGUUUAGUUUUUGUCAACAUUGGAUUUGGCAUUGUGUCAGAUGAUGUCUGUUAUCUCUGGUUCAAGGCAGAAAUGUGGAAGAACUGAUUUUUCUCUAGUUCAAAGCAUCUUACACAAUAAAGUUCCUGUUUUGCAACA